UUCUAUUCUUUAGAAACUCUUGCAGUAUUUAUUGCUUAGCAUCAAAAUAAUUUUAUUUUUCGACAGUGACUCUCUUCCAGUUUCAAAUUGGAAAAUUAAUAAAAAUAAAUUAAUUAAUUCAUUGUUUGUAGUUGGUUAUCGUUAAAACGCAAUUUCAAAUCUGGUGUUUAACGUUACCCUCUCACCACACUCAUACACACAUACACAUUCACGAUUUUACACGCGCAUCAUUUCCUUGCUCACAGAGAAUGCAGAAACCUACCAGAAACUCUCAAACAUGUACCAACGGUAUUCUAACAUGGCCAGAAAACUCUUCUCCGGUCGCCGCCGUCACCGGCCACCGCUCUCAUCAGCCUUCAGAUGAUAUCGGUGACGUUCUCCGUGGCAAAAAGGUCUCCGAAAAUGAAGCACAAAAUUUAGCCAAAUGGAAACCAAGCUCGGGGUAUUCUAGAAUGAAAGAGGCGACCGGAAGUGGUAUAGUUUCGGCAAAUGCUGAGGAUACUGCAUCAAAAGCCAAUGCUGCAAAUUCUAAACACAGUGGUAUAUUUUCGACAAAUGCUGAGGAUGCCACGUCAGAAGCCAAUACAGGCAUACGCGUAUACCAGCAAGCAAUGAAUGGAAUUAGUCAGAUAUCAUUCAACAACGGUGAAGAAAUCAUUUCUCCUAAGAAGCCAACCUCUUUACCUGAGGCAGCAAAGCAGCGUGAACUUGGUGGAACAUUGCAAAAUGAACCAGGCACAAAUAGUAAGAAACUGAUGUCAAGUUCCAAGACCAAGGAGAUCGGUGGAAAUGAUAUAUUUGGCAUUCCUCCUGAAAUUGUGCCCCGUUCAUUGGCUGCUGUGCACACUCCGGAUUCAAAAGUUUAUAAAGCUGCUGGUGUCCGAAGUAAAGUUGUGUCUGGUGAAGAAUCAGCUCAGAAGACCUCAAGGAAAAUACAUGACCAGAAGUUUGCAGACCUUACAGGCAAUGAUAUUUUCAAGGGAGAUGUUACUCCAGGAUCAGUGGAAAAGCCUACGAGCAUGGUGGCUAAACUUAGAGAAAUGGCUGGUAGUAACAUAUUUGCUGAUGGAAAGGCAGAAAACAGAGACCGUUUACUAGGCAACCGCAAACAUGCUGGUGGAGGAAGCAACAUAUUUUCUGAUGGAAAGGCAGAAAACAGAGACCGUUUACUAGGUGCUCGCAGACAUGCUGGUGGAGGAAGCAACAUAUUUGAAGACGGAAAGGCCGAAAACAGAGACCGAAUACUAGGUUCCCGCAGACCCCCUGGUGGAGCAAGCAGCAUUGUCCUGGAUUAAACUUUAUUUUAAAUUUCCUCCAAAUCACUGUAUAGGUAUUACGAAUUCCUCUGAACUCCCAUGUUUUGAUUGGAAGGAUCGGGUUGUUGGAUUGUUGACAUUGUAUAGUGAUGCAGUGUAACUGGUUUGUGUUACCAUAAUGGGUGCAAUUGGUUAUUUAUUUAUUUAUGUUUUAUUUAUUCUUGUGAUGACAAAUGGUUAUUUAUUUUGAUGUACACAUCUGCGUUAAGAUUUUAUUUCUUGUGAUAAGAAUUUACUAAA